AUGUCCGCCCUCGCAGCAAGGAGGGCCGCUGCCGCCGCCAUGGCUUCUACAAAGCCUACGCUUCCCCAGCAGUCGGCACCUGAGCCCAAGCGCCAGGCAUCGCCACCGACUCCCGAGCCAGAGUCCGACUCGCCUGUCGCCGAGUCCCAGUCCGAGUCCGAGUCCGAGUCCGAGCCCGAAUCAGUCGCCUCUGUGCCCGCGCCGUCGAACAAGCGCCGCAAGAUGGAAAAGAAUAUGGUGAAGGCGGGCAAGCCUUCUCCCAAGCCUGCUUCAUCCAGCCGAUACUACGUCGCCCCCGAGGAGCCUGCAGAGACGCCCAAGCGUUCCCGCAAACAGCGUCGUUUCUCCCCCAGCGCCGCUAUUGGGAGUGACGAUGGGUUCUCGGGCGGAUCAAGCGAGGACGAGGAUGAGGAUACCAACGAUAUGGAUACCGAGGGAGCCGUUACGCCUUGGUCAGGUGCUCAGAGCCCCCGUGUGAUGGACCCCGGCCCGUCGAGGCAACAGAACGUUCCUACUCUGCGUCCCGGUAGCUCGACGUUCGCGGCAAAGGAGGGUAUGAACCUGGCCCACAUCAAGGAGGAUACUCUGAAGGCGGCUGGCAUGGAGAUUCCUGGGCCAGGUGUGGUUGUGGCCCUCGGUGAAGAUGAGUCGUUGCUCAUCGCCGGAACGUACAUUCUCACUCCUUUGAGACACUCUACGUCUCUGGUCUGUACCACACUGAGGACUGCUACCGAGUCCAUCGAGUCGUACCCCGUGUUUGCGCCGACAUCCCACCCCAUCCCCGUCCUGACUCCCGAGGUGGAUGAGGAAAUGAUGCUCGAGUCGCCCAUGCUCUCGCAGCUUCGCCUUCCCAAGGCCCUUGUUACCAACGAGUCCACAUCCAUCUUCCUCAUUCAGGAGAACCGAUGUGGUAUUGACGGUCUCCGUGGCGACGUUGUCCCCGGAUUCCAGAACAUUUGGCUGGGUGACAAGGGCGUGUGGGGCUUGCACGGCGUGCACCCCGUCCUCGGCUCGACCUUCACCCCAGUGUAUCCUCAUGUCACGCCCUCCUCGUGGGCCCACGCUCUCGACAGCCUGCGUGAUACCGACGACAUGGUGGAUGACGAUGAGACUCCUCCUCCUCAGGACCGUGUGCCCGUCGUGCUCGUCAAGGGUCCUAAGCGCAGCGGCAAGUCGUCCGUCGCUCGUGCGGCUCUCAACCGCUUGCUCGACACGUACGAGCGGGUCGCCUGGCUCGAAUGUGACCUGGGUCAAGGCGAGUUUGGCGCCGGUGGCUCCGUCGGCUUGUGGGUUCUCGACCGCCCAGUCUUUGGUGCUCCUUUCACGCACCCUCGCGUCCCCGAGCGGGCCUACUUCCUGGGUGAACUGAACCCCAGCUCGUGCCCCGACGAGUACAUGGCUGCCAUCCAUGCGCUCAUCGGCCACUACCAGUACGAGCUGCAGUACCCUCCUGCGCUCCUCACUUCCGGUGGUAGGAAAACCGACUCGAUUCCCCUCGUUGUCAACACUCAAGGUUGGGUCAAGGGUCUCGGCGAGGACCUUAUGCGCGCCAUCGAAGGUGCCGCAGAGCCGACCCACGUCUUCGCCUUUGAGAUGGAGAAUGGUUGGAAUACCAGUCCUGUUCAGGUCACCUCGGAGCUCCCUGGCCCAUGGGACAAGCCUGCUCUCGCUGGCGCCACCCCGCCCCUGUUCUUCACUCUCGAGGUGGCACCUUCUUCGCCCCUCCAGGCGCGCUACACUGCCGCCGACAUGCGCUCCCUCACCACGAUUGCUUACAUGCACGCCCGCCUCGGUACUCCUACCAGGUGGGACUUUAACGCUCCGCUCUUCGCCGUCCGUCCGUACCUCGUCAAGCUGGGCGGCGACGGUGCUCUCCAGCGCGCCUUCCUCUCCGGCGAGGGCUCGGACGCCAUCUCCCCAGCCGACCUGCCCUUGGCCCUCAACGGAAGCCUGGUAGCCCUCCUCGAGGACUCGACCGCCGCCGAGGAAGACAUGUAUGUUUCUGCCCGCGUCCCCCCUGCCGUGGACGACGCGACCUUCCUCGGCCUGGCCCUCGUGCGCGCCGUUCGCCCGGACCCGACCGACAGCCACAUCGAGCUCCAGCUCCUCACUCCUCUGGGAAGCGCCGAGCUCGCGCGCGCCAAUGCCCUCGUGUGCAACCGCGCCCUCGAGCUGCCGGCGUGCGGUCUCCUCGACUGGCGCGAGCGCGUGCCCGGCGGCGGCGUCAGUGAGGACGGCCUGGCCGGCUAUAGGUGGGACGACGUGCCGUUCUUUGACGCGUCUGGUACCGACGCUGUGGGCGGUGACAGGCGUAGGUUCAGGAGGAACAUCCAGCGCAAGGGUGUGUAG